UCUCCCUCUCCCGCCUUUCCCGCCUCUCCCGCCAUGGCCUCUCCGCUGGACCUCUACGAGCCUCUUGAUGUUGUCGGUAACGGCUCUUUUGGCAUCAUUCGCAAGGUACGACGGAAGGCGGACGGUCUCAUCUUCGCGCGCAAGGAACUCAACUUCGAACGCAUGACAGAGCGCGACCGCAAGCAGAUUGUUGCUGAAGUUAACAUCCUCAAGGAUCUCCAUCACGAACACAUCGUACGCUAUCACGACCGACACGUUGACCGCGAUGCAGGCAUCCUUUACAUCCUCAUGGAAUUUUGCGGAGGCGGCGACCUCUCCACUGUCAUCAAGCAAGCCCAGCGCCAUAACCGACUCAUCCCCGAAGACACCAUCUGGAACUAUUUUAUGCAAAUCCUCCUCGCGCUCAACUACUGUCACCACCCCAAUAGCGGACACGGGAGGACAAGUAGUGUGGGGACGCCAGACAGCGACGGCAAAGAGAAGAGGGCACAGAUUCUUCACCGUGACUUGAAGCCGGACAACGUGUUCCUUGAUGAAGGCAACCUUGUCAAGCUCGGUGACUUUGGUCUCUCGAAAGCCCUCCCACAAGCCAGCUUCGCCCAAACAUACGUUGGGACGCCAUACUAUAUGUCCCCAGAACUCAUGCAAGAAAAGGCGUACGACUCAAAAUCAGACAUCUGGUCAUUAGGAUGCUUGGUUUACGAGCUGUGCGCACUCAAACCACCAUUCCAUGAAGCGAAGACACACGCAGAACUCAGCAUCCUUAUCCGCAAUGGUCGCAUACCUCCAUUACCGAAGGGCUACAGUCCAGCACUCACCGCCGUCAUCAAGUCGAUGCUCAACCUCAACCCCGCCAUGCGUCCGUCCGCUAGCCAACUCCUGCAACACGAGCGCAUCGACCUCGCGUACAAGGUCUUCGAGACCCAGAAGAUGCUCAACACCGUCAAGUCGCAUAAGAGCAGCCUCCUCGCAAAAGAACGCGACCUCGUCGCACGAGAAACGACCCUCGCCGAGCGCGAGGCGAAGCUCGCUGCGGUCGUCGCGCAGAAGGACGAGGAGCUCGCGUCGCUCCGCACCGUGCUCGCCACCGCGGAGUCCACACUGCAGCAGCGCGUCCGGCAGGCCGUCGCGCGGCGCGACGAGGAGCUGCGCGCGAUGGUGCUCAAGCAGGAGCAGGAGGUCGCGGAGCGCAUGACGCGCCGCGAGCAGGAGAUCAUGGACGCCGUCAGGCGGCGGGAGGAGGAGAUGGCGCGGAUGUGGGCUGAGUGGGAGCGCCAGACGAGGGAGGGCAUGGGCCGCGCCGUCGAGGAGCGCAUGCAGUGGGUCCAGCAGCGUGCGGAGGAGCUCGAGCGUGAGCGGCUGCAGCUCGACGGCGUGCGGCGCGAGCUCGACGCGAAGAUGAAGGCGCUGGAGGCUGCGCCUGCGGUCACGGGGGUAGGGGAGAGGAGGACGAGGUCAAAGAACCCGCUGGAGGAGGUCAAGAACAUCAUGGCGCCCCUCAGCCGUCUGGCGGACUCGCCGGAGCCGAUCAGGGCCGCGCCGUACAAGCUGCCCGAGUUCAAGACGCCGAUGCCGACCAAGUCGGUGAACCUCGACCUCGAGAUGGCGCCGCCGUCGGCGAUGAAGGGCGUCAUCCUCACCGCGACGGGCGAGCCCGUCGCCACCCCGACCCAGGCCGAGCUCGCGAAGCUGUUCGUGGAGACGCCCAGGGUCGGCCUGAACUUCGCGAAGAUCUUCGACUUCGACGCGGAGGAGAGCGGCGAGAGCGAGGGCGAGCUCGACGAGGACGGGUACGAGACGGACAGCAGGCCGCGCGGGAGCAGGCGGGACAAGGACAAGGACGCGGAGGAGUCGGACGGCGAGAGCACGCCGACGCAGUCGACGGCGAGCAGCACCUCGAGCGCCGGAAACGCGACGCUGACGGCGGCGCCUGCGGUGAAGCCGACCCGGCUACGCCGCCCCUCCAUUCGCGCUGCGUCUGCGUCUGCGGCAGUGCGCUCGGCGAGCGCCGCAGUGGAGGCGGGGAGCUCGUCGUCGAGUUCCGCGCGCAACAAGGUGAAGCGUGCAGCCUCGACGUCUGCCGUGACGUCUGCGUCUGCGUCUGUCGCCCCCGCCAAGACGGCCGCUGCGUCGGUCGCAUCGCUCGCGCAGGCACCAGAGCCGAAGUACGAUUCUAAUGACGUGGAGAACCUGCCGAGCCCGUUCCUCAAGAAGGUGGAGGACCGCGCGGCGCCUGCACCAACCGCGAGCAAGCCCGCGACGGCGGCGAGAACGGGCCCGAGGAAAAGCGGGACGACGUUGCGCGCGAUGGCGGCGAUGAACGCGGCGAAGGCGAGCUCGCGCGCACCGUCGUCGAGCGCGAGCAUGGGGAACCUAGCGGGCAAUUCUGCGUCGACGGCGGUCCGGUCGUCCAUCGCGAAGGCGCAGAGGGCGAACGAGGAGGCGCGGAAAGCGCUGGGAACGCGAGCGUGACGAACGUCCUCAUGCGAUGUGAAAGCGAGGCAGCUCGCUAGGACAUGAACAGUUACGACUUGCGCGUGCAGAACUCUGUGCGCGCGACUUGAAUGCUCUCCUGGGACACCCCUUACGCUGUCGACGGUGAUGAUGUUUCUCCACGAGUGCUGCUGUUGUUCGUUUGACGGCUGACCAGCUGUUGUUUGGGAUACGCGCGAUAUACGUAAUGUUAUAUACCUUUGGGUCUGUGCAUAUGAUCACUGUACAC